CUUUAGUUUUUGAAUGGACUCUAGUAGUAACUGACGUUUAAUACGCAGACUGACGUUUUCAAGUGCUUCACAUCAAAAACAGUCGAAUUACAAUGGACGAAGCGGACAUUUUGCCCACUAGAACUUCAUAUCUGCCAAUAGUCUGGGCUGCCAUAGCGUCGGUUGGAUGGUACAUCCUGGGGGUUUUAGUGGCUCUUUUCUUCGCCUCUCCAUACAUAGCAGAAAAAUACAAAAGUUGGAAGAACAAAAAAGACAAGCAAGAGUAUGAUUCUAAAUACAAAAAGAAUCCUGACCUACAAGAGGAGCGAUUGAGGGCAAUUGAAGCAGCGAGACAACGAAUGCAGUCGAAGUACAACGAGACUCUUGAGGAAGCAGAACGACGAAAAGAAGCUGAGAAAGCCGAAAAAAUUCGAGAACUUGAAAAAUUUAGAAAUUCGACCGGACCAUACAGAUUAGGGGACACUCAAUCAGGACCAUCCACAUCGAAACCUAAAUACAAUGAAUACAAUCCACUGAUGGGAGAUACAACUAGGAACUACAAGCCCCCAAAACGCAGUGCCUGUCGCGGAGGUGGCUGUGGUGGUUCAUAAAUGCAAUCUAAAAACUAAUUGACUACUUAACUUGAGAUAAAAUCAUUGACAUUUACUUCUAACUCACGAGCAUAAUUUUUAUUCAUUUUUUAAGGACAUAAUUAUUGAAUUUUUAUUAUUAAAAAUGUUGAACUGUUCUCACAAAAGUGAAUCAUGAAUAAACAACUAUUUACAUUA